UGCACAGUCAACAACCAAAGCAUCCGAUAUUACUACAGAUACACCCAUUUCACCGACAUUUCUCUUGAAUCGCUGUUGUACACCUUUUUAUUUUGUGUAUGUAUGCGUGCGUGUGUGUGCGCGCAGCGGCCAGGUUUAUUUGCGGCUCCACAUCGCCUCCACGCAUCGCUUUUUCACUGUGCGGAUAAGGAAGAUUUUGUGAAAUUACCAAUUUGCACAUUAGUCUGGUGCCCGGGGUCCUGGAUUUACACAGAGGAGGAGCGGGGAGCCGAUCAUCCGUCGUUCUCUUGGUACCAGGGAGAACGUGACCCCGGAGAUGAACAAGCUUCGUCAGAGCCUGAGGAGGAAGAAGCCCACCUAUGUGCCAGAAGCCAGCAGACCGCAUCAGUGGCAAGCUGACGAAGAGGCCGUACGUAAGGGCAAAUGUAACUUCCCUGUUCGGUACCUGGGGUUGGUCGAGGUGGAGGAGUCGAGAGGGAUGCAUGUAUGCGAGGAGGCAGUGAAGAAGCUAAAAGUUAGUGGGAAAAAGACAGUCAAGGCCGUACUGUGGGUCUCAGCUGAUGGACUCAGGGUGGUGGAUGACAAAACUAAGGACCUCAUUGUAGACCAGACCAUAGAGAAGGUUUCAUUUUGCGCUCCUGAUCGGAACUAUGACAAGGCCUUCUCCUACAUCUGCCGAGACGGUACUACCAGACGGUGGAUGUGCCACUGCUUCAUGGCUCUCAAAGACUCGGGGGAGAGACUAAGCCAUGCAGUUGGCUGUGCCUUUGCUGCCUGUCUGGAGAGGAAGCAGCGCAGGGAGAAGGAGUGCGGUGUGACGGCUUCUUUUGACGCCAGUCGCACCUCAUUUGUGCGUGAGGGCUCCUUCCGCAUCAACUCUUCCUGCAGCCAGCAGGGCAGCAGCAGUGAGCGAGAUGAGAAGCUGCAAGACAAGAAGAAAGAUCAACCGUCUGCAGUCCCAACCCUCCCCCCUGGCACUGCCUCCCCACCCGAGGGGGCGGCGUCCCCCAUGGAGCGACCAGAACCGGGCGGGCCUCACGCCAUCCCUCGCCGCCAUGCGCCUAUUGAGCAGCUGGUGCGUCAAGGCUCGUUCCGGGGAUUCCCGGCCCUCAGCGGGAAGAACUCUCCCUUCAAGAGGCAGCUGUCACUCCGCCUCAACGACCUGCCAUCCACAUUGCAACGCAAGACCGACUUCCAAGCUAAGAACCCUGUACUAGAGAUGGAAAUGGGGUUGCCCGGUGAGGGAGACAGUGGUAUAAAUGCCCUGUGUUGCCAGAUCAACAACUCCUUCACCAAGCCAUCGGAAGAGCUCUUCUCCAACCCCUCUUUGUCUGCAAAUGGCCCUCCAACCUGCACUGUGCCCCCUAUACUGCCUCCACCACCUGCACCAAUACAGGCCCCAUCUUCCUGGGUGCAGCCAGAUCCUCCACUACACUCUCCUCCCCCGGUUUCCGUGGUGAUGCAGAUGCAGAGUGGACACAGACGCACACCCUCCGAGGCUGAAAGAUGGCUGGAGGAGGUCUCCAAGGCUGUCAAGGCUCAACAAACCACGCCCCCAGGCCCCACCAUCCCCAUCAUCCCUGGACCACCCUCCAUGUCGAGUCAGCAGAUGUCCAGUCAGGCAGCUGCCCCAGUGUCCACUGUCCCUAUGUCCCUUGGCACCAUCUCUAAACCUCUCAUCUCGGGCCCCUCUGCUCUCUCAGGUCAGGCCCCGAUGCCCCUCGCACCCAUGUCUAUAUCAUCAGUUCCUCUAAUACCAGGCCCUCCAGUGUCAGGCCCCCCUAUGUCUCUACCUUCUAUGUCCAUUCCUACAAUGUCCGGUCCAAGCAUGUCUGGGGCCCCCAUGAUCCAGCCCUCCCUCCCCGGGCACCCAGGCUCCCUUCCAAGCUCUAUGCAGCCCUUCCCCUUGGCUUUUGAUGCCACUCCAGCCCCUGUGGGAAUGUUCGCCAGCCAGCCUGUCCAACCAGCAUUCAUGCCCAUGCAGACCUAUAUGCCAGGCCUGGCCAGCAGUAUGACCUAUCCCAAUGCCAGCGUUCCUGUGGUUGGCAUCACACCAUCACAAAUGGUGGCUAAUGUCUUCUGCACCGCUACAGGCUCAUCCGGUGCAGGUGUAGCCAUGGGCUCGGCAGGAGGGGGACACAAAGUGGGGGUACUCGGGACAGUCGGGCAGCCCCAUUCUUACCCAGGAGCACCUGGUGCAGUCGGCCACACUGGAGGGUUUUCUACACCGCCAUUCUCUUCCACUCCACCACUAUCAACAGCCAUUAAUGGACUGCCACCGCACAGCAGCGGCAUGAUGGAUCUUCAGAAUGGGACCUCUAACAGUGGUGGGAAUGGAGGCAGCAGUAGCAGCUGGCCGCCAGAGGGCAGCCAGCUAACAGCUCCGGCAGUCAGCGAUUCCCAAGACGAUGAUCGGUUUGAGGCCAAGUGGGCAGCACUGGAGGCCAAACCUGCACCUCAGCAGCCUGGGAAUAAGGCACCAGCUGCAGCAGCAAACCCAUUUUCCAACAAUCUUCAAAAGACCUUUGAGAUUGAGCUUUAAGCCAAAGUUGGCCUCUGAAAGCUGUAGCUCUAGCGCUGGAGUUAAAGCCUAAGAAAGCCGGGCGCUAACUCCAGUAUCUCUGCUUAGGACAGGAGGCAGGUCCUUAAAGUUAGCCUAGCAUCUGACCUGUGGCAGCCUAGCAACUCUCAGCUCUCAUAGGAGUCAGUGAUCUCAAUUGUUUUCUUGCCAUUCCCACGAGAGCUUGGGAGGAAAGUUGCAGAUUGCUGGGCUGCCAUAGGAGGAUCAGGUCUCUAGCUCACUAGACUUGAUGGACUAAAUCCUUUCCACUCCACCCGCUACCCACCUCUCUUCCUUGCUUUCACUUCUCCACUCUGGCUUUACUUUUCCUGCUGCAAGUCCCUGGAUGUACUGUAUGUGCCCCCUUGAGGACAUUGUAGCGGGGGACACAGCUCAGUGGUUUCUUUCUUUAAAAGGGGACUCCACUAAGAUGCAUUCCAAACCCGUGAGGUGUUUUAUUUCUGGUGGAGAAUUUAGCGGCUACAUCACAAGACAUGCAGAGAAGCAGAGAAGCAAUUUCUUGACUGAUGAUCAGACUGAUGCUGAUCUUAGCCAAGCACAGCAAAAGUUUGGACACCUGAAAGGACUAGCCAAUGAUGUAAGACCCAACCCUACCCACUCAAAAGGACUUACUGACUAAUUGUAGAGAUUUAUGGCCAAAAGUAUUUUAUUUAUUGUAUUUCAUUUUUAUUUUAACAAGUUAUAUAUAUAUACUUAAAAAUCAUUUUUUUAAAGCAGUGUUUCAGGAGUGUAUACUUUUUUUAUCCCCUAUAUAUUGUUUUUGUUGAUGAGAGAAACUACAGGUAACAUUUAUGAUUGGACAUCAGUAGACAGACAGAACUGUGGGAAACUGAGUCAUGAAACAGGAACCAAAUUGCCAGGGCUGAUAGUAAAGCAGUGUGUUGUGCGACAUGUGAGACAGUAAGUGUAUAUAGUGGCAUGUUUCUUCGACCUGUUAGCCCUCACGUGUAUACGUUCCUCUGCCGGUGAGGCCAGAUGAGUCAAUAUGGCUUCACUUUGGCUCUGUAGCCCAUUUUUGUUGUUAAAAUCUACCUUCAAGGGUUACUGGGACAUGAAAAAUCACUUCAGGAUAUCCAGCACACUGACACUCUGGACAAUACAGCACAGCAGUCCUUUGGACUCCACCUUCUCCAGACAAACCCAAGGAACUUUAACAACUCAGUGGAAACAAAAAACACUCUACAACACUGUGCAACAUUCAUAAUCUUUUAAUAUGUUCAAACACAGGGUAUAGUCUCAUCACGUACAGUAUGAUUGUGUGUUCACCUAUGUACUACUGCCUCAGAUGCAGUAUUAGUUGAUUUUGACAGUGAUGAUCAGAGGUGAAAAGAGAAGGUGAACUUGAGCAGAUAGACCGAGGCGUGGCAAAUUAAAGAACUGAGAGAAAUAAAGUGUAAAUUUCUGAUCCAGAAUUAUUAAGGACAUUUGAUUGACAGAUUAGCAGGAAGAGUAAAUAUAGAACAGCAGAAGAAUAGAUUUCUAGAGUAAAUAAGGAAGGAUGACCGGUAUGUGAGAGACUGAAGGAGAGAAUGGAGCUAUGCCUUUAAAAUAUGAGACAGAGGAAGUCUGAAGAGAGGAAGAUUAUAUGGAAAAAAAGAGGUAAGAGUGAAAGACAGAGUGUGUGAAAAUAUUGAGAACAAAGACACAUUCAUCACGUAGCUGACAACCAGAGCACUGUCUGCCGUUUUUGCAUCUUUUUGUCUCAAGGUCAAGCCACUUCCAUUUCAGCAUCAUGUGUCUCAACUCCUUAAACUUUAUAAAAACUUUGGAUCAUAUUUAAAAAAAGAAGUUGCUUAUUAUAUAAUUACAGUCUCAUAAGCAAGAUUGUUUCUAAGUAUGUGCGACUCCCUAUGUAGUUAAAACUUCAAUAAUGUCAACAAAGCUUUCUGUGUUUUAACUUUCAGUUUCUGGCAUAAGUCAUAAAAGUUCAGGUCUAUUCAAAAAGAUGCAACAUUGCAAAGAAGUGGUCUUUAUAGAGGACAUUUCCAUGUGAUGUGUGGUGAACAGGUGGUUUUUGUAUGUUAUAUAAAAACUGUAAUGUGACCAGAGACGCCCAUGUUAUGUUCCUUGGCAAUUGAAUUGUAUGGAUAUGGACUGCCACUGAUUUGGUUUUCUGCUCAUUAACUCCCCGAAGUUUAAUUAGUUUACUGAGUAUCUUGCUGUGGCAGCGAUCCCGUCUGAUAGACUGCCUUCUCAGAGAACUUAAAUGUAUGUGCCACCUGCCUAAUUUAUACCAUCUCGAGUCCUUCCAGGGUUUGGUCCUUUGUUUUUGGACGAAUCAAUAUUUCUUUCCUCUAUUUUCCUCUUUUGACAAGACAUGACUGAUUCACUUAUGAAAUCAAUGCUUUCACUUCUUUGAAAAUAUAUUUUUGCCCUCGACUCUUGUUUGCACGCCCUCCAAAUUAUAAAUGUAGGUUAAUUGUGUUCAGCGUUAAAGCAGACUAAAUGACCUCAUAAACUUGAUUGUAAAACCAUAGUUUAGUGAUGGUAACAAAGCAACCAGUGGAAUUUAUUUUUAAUCUUUAUUUACAGAAUUUUUGUAUUUAAACCUACAUAUUUGUAUUGUAAUUACAUUGUACAAAAGAUAAAUAAAGUAAUAUAAUAUUACUCCUG